AUGAAUUGCCAAGAAAGUUCGUGUGCGAAAUCUCAAGUAGCGAUUUGCUUGCAUUGCUUAUGUCGUCUAUGUUCAACGCAUCUUCUUGCUCAUAGAGAAGAGGUUGUCAAACAUACUGUUCAAGUUUCUAAGCAAAUCAAUGGUGUGGCACAGGAGUUGGACGUUUUGUUACAAAAAGUACGAUGUGAUCGUCAAAGUGCAACGUCUCAACUUCGAACUUGGCGACAAUGUCAAAUAGAUCAAGUUGAGCGAAUAUAUACAGAGAGAUUUCGGGAUAUCGCAAGGAAAAAAGAUCGUAUUAAUACGUUAGAAACUGAAUUAACAGAACGUGUGAUGAAAGAAGCGAAAACAAUACAUGAAAAUAUCCAAAGAAAGCAAAGUCUUCAAGCUAUUGCAGAGAUUGUAAACGAAAACAUUCGAUCAAUACCUCCUGAGCAUCAACAUCAAUCUCCUUCGCUUGAAAAUUCCUCAACACGAAAAACAAUUGAACCUCCCUCAAUCAUACCUUUCAGAAAAUUAGUUAAUCGCUUCAAAAUCAUCUCCGGUACGAGUGACCAAUAUCUGAACCGUUACAUUUCUAAGAAUUUACUCAGACUUCCGCAUGAUCAAAUGUUAAUGACUCUACUCGUUUCACUUUUUCAAGCUUGGUACUCGUCGAAUACCAAUGAUCAAAUUUUAUCCUAUCAUAUGAAUACAAUCAAGAAAUAUAUCCAAAAACCCGAACAUCAACUCGCAAUGCUCACAUCAAUUCUAAUAUUUGUCACCUCGUCGAAUCGUUCAGAUGAUGAAAUACUUCAUAUAUUCAACGCUUUGCUACAAUUCUUCUGGAACAAUCAAUUUUUCACCAAAGAAACAUUGCUGAACUGGUGUCACAACGAAAAAUCAAAUGUCUACCGAGGUUUCGAACGAAUCCAACCAUUUGCUCAAUCAUUUUUGGAUCAACUCUAA